AUGGCUGCGUGCGGCGUCUUGUGCCGCUACUUUUUCCAGCAGACGCUGUGCGAAGAAGGGACCGCCGACUCGCGUCUCGAGGAGUUGACGUCAUCCUUCCUGCUGUCGUCGUGCCCGAAUGUCGCGGAGCUGCGCCGCAAGUUUCCAUUUGAAGGCUCGUAUCACUUUCGUCUGCAGGUUGAAGCGGCGUCUUCGCGUUUUUACUAUUGGCGAGAUCUGGUCGAGGAGACUCAAGUGCUGCCUGUUGCUGGUAAUGGAGAGAUUCGAGUGAAGGUUUUGCAGCUCCAGAGAGAAGAAGAAGACGGUGAAGAUGAUGAUGGAGAAGAAGAAGAAGAGGAGGAUGACAAGGUGAAGAAGAAGCAGGGGAAGGAGAAGCCAUUGGGGAAGCUGUUGACGGUCAAUGAGGAGCUCGUGGACGUAUUGGAAGACCGACAGUUCCGUGCCUUCUUUGAUUGGCAGAACCGAUUUACGAGGGAGGCUUGUAGUGACUAUCGUGUGCCUCAAGUGCAGACGCAUGACGUGGGUAAAGUGCUAAUUGGUGCGAAGAACGCGCUGGCGUCCAAGAUCAAGAGUUCAGUCGUGGCACAAACGCUGCAGAAACACUCGGUGCAAAUGUGGGAAAAGGUGACGGCGGCAGCAUCUGGAGGUGGAGCUGGGGGUAGUAGUGCACCGCCCACGGCGUCGGUAUUAGCACAACUAGCCAAGCUCAUUGGCGCCAUGCAGACAUCAUUACAUCCUGAAAACCGCGAGCAUCUCGACUUGCUACAGCGCUUGUGGGCGUCCUGCUUUGAUGCACAGCCGUUUGCGUUGACAAGCCUCGAGUGGAACAGAAUCGGGUUCCGACACGGCGAUCCUAUGCGUGAGACGCAGUUUUUGCUGCCGUUGCAGUGUCUGCUUUAUUUUCUCGAAAUGCAUCGUGCAGUGGCGUUGCCCAUGCUGGCUGACCAGAACGGACCAGAGGCUUAUUCAUACGCGCUGGUGGGAUACCAGAUCGCUUACAUGUUAGCCGACUUGCUGCAAUUACAGGACGGUGGGUGUCUGGGCUCAGAGCGUCCGUUCUGGAGACUCUUUGAGGACCCCGUGGCAUUUUUUGAGCUGUUCUGUGUCGCCCUUCGGGCAUUCGACACAUCUUGGAAGCACAACUCCAACCGUGCAUCCGAUGCCAGCUUGCAUCUUAGCUACGUCGGUGAUUUUGCUCGAAAACUGCUUUACCUGGGCCCUGAUAACGUGGCAAAUCUCAUCGAGUACGCGUACCAGUUGCAAAGCUGUUAA